AAUUAUUAAGUAAGAUCAAUAAUUUAUUUUUGGACACAUCAGGAGAUGUAAUGCCUUACCCUAAUUUGAUUGUGACUUUCGGUGAUGAAUUAUCCUGGCCUCCUGGACUUAAGAAUCACCGGGUCAUCAGGAUCGUUGCGUUUUCCUUCCCUCGUCUUUGGAGAUUCCCCCCCCCCCCUUUUUUUUCCCUAAAAAAGGGAGUUACU